UUUUUUGAAUUUCUAGAAAAAUAUUUGAACAAAAUAUGGAAGAAUCAGAUUGCCAAGAGUUUAUCUGCUCAAAUGAUGAUGAAGCCCUGAUGGAGAUGAUCAAUUCUAAGGCUAAAGGAGGAGCCAAGUUGAGUAAGGAGGACCCACGACUGAAAUUUCAAUAUAAGGGACCUCUGAAUGGAAUCUUGCUAGGGAGACACACCUGGCCUCUACUACACUCCUUAACCUUAAGAUACCCUAACAAACCAACUGAAGACGAUAAAGUGAGAUUUAAUCGAUUCAUUCAUUCUUUCAGUUGGUGAUAUCCAUGCAGUCAUUGAGCGACAGACUUUAGAAAAGAAAUAGCAGAGACUCCUCCAAAUUUAGAAAGUAGGAAAGCUCUUUCUCUGUGGCUUUGUGAUCAGCAUAACAGAGUGAACAAGAAGUUAGGAAAGCCUGAAUUCCCUUGAACCUACGGUAAACUUAUUGCUUUAUAUGGUUCAAAAGUGAAGAAUAAGAAUACAAUUCAUUAGCAGAUAAUUGGCUGACAAAUUUCA